AUGUCUCAUAAUCCAUUGUUCGCUGUGUGCUGCUCGCUGAUGGUGGUCUAUCUUGUUGGAUUAUAUGUGUACCGCAUUUAUCUACCACCAGUUGCCCACAUCCCUGGCCCUCUUCUGGCAAAAGCGACAUAUUGGUUCGAGUUCUAUUACGAUCUUGUCCUACGGGGCCAAUAUACAUUCAAGAUUAAGCAAUUGCAGGAGCAAUAUGGCCCGAUCAUCCGCAUCAAUCCCGAGGAAGCCCACAUCGCCGACGCAGAAUUCUACGAUGUCAUUAUGCCGGAUCAUCCCAGAGGCGAGACAAAUGGGCAUGAUAUUGCGGAGCAGUAUGCAUUCGGGCGGGAUGAUAAUCGAGUCUCUGCGAAGGACUUUGACCCAAGCUUCCACGACGCAUCCAAUGCUGGGGUCAGAAUGGGUCACCUCGUCAAACACUUUCCCUUUAUCUUCUCCGUGAUGAAGUCUCACCCCGAUUCGGUUCAAGUUAUGCUAGAUCCCAAUAUGGCAUCAUAUGUCAAGCUCCAGAGAGACAUGAAAGCCCAGAUCGAGCUUAUUCGGCGUAAUCUUGAUGGAGACAUGUACAAAACGGCUCCUUACCAUACCAUCUUCCACGAGGUUCUGAACAGCGACCUUCCGGAGGCGGUGAAAUCGAAGAAUCGACUCUGGCAAGACGGACAAGUCACCGUUAUUGCAGGAACGUUGACCACCGCUUCAGCUCUCUCAUACACUCUCUUCUGUCUUCUCACGCAGCCAGAAGUCCUCAUCCAGCUGAAGAGGGAGUUGAACGAUGCGAUUCCCGAUCCUCGGCAUCUUCCACCACUUGCUGUUCUUGAAAAUCUUCCAUACCUUAGCGCAUGUAUCAAGGAAGGGUUGCGCCUCAGCAACGGGGUCAGCUCCCGACUCCAACGAAUAGACCCUGACAAGGCCGUGGUCUUCACCGAUCGAACGAAGAACAAGGGCAGCCAAUUCAUUCUACCGCCAGGGACGGCGAUUUCGAUGACGGGUAUGCUGAUGCACCUCGACAGUACCUAUUUCCCUGAGCCACUCGUCUUCAACCCUGGCCGGUGGCUCGGCCAGCCUGGACUCGACAAGUACCUCGUACCGUUCUCACGUGGAACCAGGCAAUGUAUCGGGAUCAACCUGGCAUAUGCGGAGAUAUGUGUCAUCUUAGCCAUGAUAUUCCGUAACUACGGCAGCGUAGAUGUCAAGAUGGAUGAUGAUGCCGGGUAUCUGGAGUUGUAUGAUACGGAAUGGCACCGGGAUCUUGAAAUAGUGGGCGACGGGCUGCUACCAAUCAACCGACCGGAGAGCAAGGGAGUCAGGUGA